UUUCCAUAUCCACCUAACCAGCAGCAGUUAGCUGGUGCGCAUUCGCUCUUCGUUCCGCAGCCGGAUCAAUAAAACUGCUGCAUUUAUCAUGUUAGUCCUAACUGGUCGUGAGCAUGCAUCUGCUCAUUUUAAACCGGAUUCCUUCACCGCACUAACGGACUGACAUAACUCCCGGUGAGUUAGCGGUGUCUGCUCUGCUAGCGGCGAACCGAGCUGCUAACGGCCGAGCCGAGGCGAUGUUUGGGAGAUGGAUCUGAGGUGCUGUUCGGCCUGCUGGCUAAGAUGACGGGCCCACCGAGCCUGGCUGAUGCUCCUCUAUCAGCAGCAUGGGUACCAAGCACAGGCCGACCAAACAACCGUUUGCUCACGGACUUCUGAAUCCGAAGGUGAUUUGCAGACACAAUGGGAGCAUGGGCUCUUGUCCUGAUCUUACAAUGAGUCGGAGCGAACAUACUGGUGCGAGGCAUGUCCCCGUGGCCCUCACCCCCCAGCUACCUCUCAGAGCCCACCGGCCUCUCUGUGCGUCGGUCUCUUCUGACAGCAGCGGCCGCUUCAAGGCUCUGGAGACUCAGGAGUGGAAGAACAACCUCAAAGCUCAGAUGGAACUGGCCCACAGUGCAGGAGCUGCCAGCAGCACAGGAUCUCUGGAGCGAGCGUCUAUGUUCUGCGCCUCGGCAUCUACCACCAGCUCCAGCCUGCCCAGCCCUGCGGAGAUCAUCAACAAGGGUAAAUCCUCCAGCCGCUUCUCUCUGUUCUCUCCACCGUGGAAUAGCAGCUCAGAGUCGGACUCCAAUCCCCCGUCCCGCUCAGGAUCCAAGAAGCUGCGCAACUACAGCAGGCGAGCUGCCACAGGACCAGCUGGGGCCAGGGCCCCUGAUGCACUGGAGCCCAAACGAAGCGGCCCUGAACACUUCCAGUACUCCGAACCGGUCAUUUCCAGAGUGACGGACUACAUUUAUGUGGGCAACCUGAAUGCAGCAUAUAAUGGGCGCACGCUGUGCCGCAACAACAUCGACAGCAUCAUUGACAUGAGCAGUAUGCCCGGAGAGCAAGCCCCCUCCCUCUGCCUCAUCCCCUGCACCUGCUCGCGUGGUUCCCGGCACAGCUGGUCCCGCCUCAAGGUGGACAUCGGAGACAUGCCCAACUCUCUGGAUGAUCAUCCAGCUCUGAACCACUGCUGCUUCGAGGACAUCAACGAGUGCAUAAAUGCAUCCACGGAGAAGAGGAAGCGUGUCCUAGUCCACUGUCGGGACGGGUUCUCUCUGGCACCCAUGUGUAUCAUACAAUACCUGAUGGUGAAGCAGAACAUGAGGUUAAUUGCUGCUUAUGAGCUGCUGAGGGCCAAAUACCCAGUCAACAUCAGAGAGUGUCACCAAAACGUUCUAGUGAGCCUGGAGAGAUCGCUGUGGCCCGGUGGUGAAGUUGACCCGGAGUGCUUCAAACAGGCCCUCUCCCGAAAAGUGGCCUGGACAUGAGAAGUCCCAGUGUGAUUUGCUGUACCUUUAUUUUUAUUUCCACUAAGAUCUUCUUUUCGUUCAUUUUUUCCUUUUCUAAUGUUUAAAUCUUUAAAUUUAGUUCUGAAUUCUUCUCUUUUUCGAAGAGAACAAACUUAAGCCUGUGCGGCGUACACAGGUUCCUGACUGGGCCGUGUUUUUGUUGUUGUCGCUUUAAGGGGAUUUUGUUUACUGUUUGAGUUCUGUUUGUACUUUUGUGCUGAUUUUAUAUAUCAGGGCAACUUUUCAGUGGGCUAUCUCAGGAGAGUGUUGAUGUCAAAGUGAUGCAGCAUAGAGGUUUCUCUUCAGCGAUGAUCACAAAUGGUUUCCAGGGUGGAAGUCAAGGCUGAGUUAUUUGCACUCCAUGCAACAAAGUAAAUUAGGGCAGAUUUUGAUUCACUUUUGCAUCUAAGGAGAUGAAUUUUAGGUGUGCUAGUGGUUGAGCCAUUGGAGUUCAUUUCUAUUAGAGUUUUUUGGGAAGCACUGUUCUCCAAGUGACUUGUUUCUGUCAGCCAGCUCUGUCUUUU